AUGGAGCAGAAAAGGUGAGGCGGGUCAAGCGUCUGGCGUGUGCUAUAGUCAAUUCAGUGGUGGUCAUCAGACAGCGCAUGGUCAGCGGAUGAACAGCAGGUCUCUAUUCAUAUAUUAGCAAGACAUGGCCUCUUCAUUAAAGGGUAAAGUGUGCCUGGUGACCGGUGCGAGUCGGGGGAUUGGUCGAGGCAUCGCACUGCAACUUGGUGAGGCAGGGGCAACUGUUUACAUCACAGGGCGAACUCUAAAACCAAAGACAGAUGGCACUCCAGGAACUCAGGGGUCUUUGUCUGAUACUGCGAUAGAGAUUGAAGCUCGCGGUGGCAAAUGCAUCCCUGUGCAGUGUGAUCACUCUGAUGAUGAGCAGGUCGAGAAGGUGUUCCAUCGUAUCGCCAGUGAUCAGGACGGACGGCUGGAUCUCCUUGUCAAUAAUGCGUAUGCAGGAGUCAAAGAUAUAUUAGAAACCACUGGAAAGCCAUUUUGGGAGGUACCAUCAUCCGUGUGGGAUUCAGUGAACAACGUGGGAUUAAGAGGUCAUUACAUUGCUACUUGGCAUGCUGCCAAGAUGAUGGCACCAGCCAAGCAGGGUCUCAUCGUCAACAUAUCCUCAGCAGGUGGCUUGAGUUACCUGUUCAAUGUUGCCUAUGGAGUUGGAAAAGCUGGGUGUGACCGAAUGGCCGUAGAUUGUGCUGUCGAACUAAGGAAACAUAACGUUGCCUGCAUCUCAUUGUGGCCAGGCCCUGUCAAGACGGAGAUGUUCCAGGAAUUCAUGACCACCGAUGGAUUUACUGGCUUGGAUAAAGGCAUUCAAUUUGCUUUUCAAGAGGGAGAAUCAGUUGAGUUUGCUGGCAAGGCCAUCGUCCAUCUUUUGCAAGACGAGAAUAUCAUGAAGAAAUCCGGCCGCAUCCACAUGACCGGAGAGCUUGCUGACGAGUAUGGCUUCAGAGACAUCAAUGGAGCAUCACCGAUGAACUUUAGGCGGGUGAAGACCCUCUUCCAGUUGACCGGCCACCCUUGGCUGGCUGCUGCCAUGCCCUCAUUCCUCAAGGUACCCUACUGGAUGAUGACAUUAGGAAAUAGCAAAUUUUAAUAUAAAGCCACGAAGGUGGAGAAGUCUUUUAGUCUGGAUUUUGUCAGCAUUUUCUUGUGCUAGGUAUUUACGGCUUCAGUGCAGGGUAGAGCAUGUUCCAAUGUUUGAUCCUUGAGCAACAAAAUUUUCUGUCACACCAGUUCGUCAAAUUAGUUACCGGUACGUGCUAUGUUUGACAAUCUGACUGAGUUUUUCACUUUACCGUCUGGCUAUCAGAAUAAAGGCAUCCUGAUACACCAGUGGAACCAUUAGUGUUUUUUGACUCGUUGAAGAUCAGACAGUAGAGACACACCGUUGUCGGUGUUUUCUAGGUCAUCCGUCAAAUGUGCCAAAUUGUUGAAAACACUACACGGCCUCAUAUUGUAGCAAACCAACCUGAAACAUUGACAGACCAUUUUUAUUUUCAGGUGUAAACCACAAGCUAUGUCUUGUUCUGUAGUUGAAUAUCUGACACUGUCGGGUGUAGAGUACCGAAGUGAAUUUAUCACACACACAAUGAUGUGUGUAAAAGGCAUUAGUGCAAGAACCAGCGUGUGAACUAACAUUCGUUAGUACUACACCUCCUGGUUCAAAAUGAUAUCACUUUUUGGUACCCUUUAAGGUUAAUGGGCAUCACAAAGUGGAGGGGAGGCGAGGGAGGGGCUUACUCCGUCAUUCCCCCCACUUCCAAAUGGAAACAUUGAAUCAAGGGAAAAAUAAAACAAAACGGGAAAAACACCAAAAACAAAAGAGGAAAGGGGAUUAAUAUCUGAUAUUAAUAAUGCUGGAAAAUAGCUUGGCAUUUACCCCCCUCCACCAUUCAUAGUUUUCUCAGUUUGCUGCUGAAUGCCCCCCCCUUUUUUUUUGAGUGAAAAAUUAUUCCCGCCUUCCUAGCAAUGCCCAUUGUGAGUCUUGGUGAGUUCAAAUCUUGCAUUGGUCAACCUGUCUAAUUUCUGUGCCCUGUAACUUUUAUCAUUUAGACCUACCUUUUAAUAUGCCACACUCCAGAUAUUUAGGUCCAUCUUGAUGGUGGUAUAUAGUGGAAAUAAGCUCUACACUUUCCAUCGAAACUUUAAGCUUGCUGUCUUCAUUGUGAUUCAGUGCCAGGGAAUUUAUUAUUUAACCUGGAAGAAGAUAGAUGGAAUUUCAAGCUAUUCAUGGUGACAGACAGCUAAGGUUGAAAGCUUGCAGUAGCACCAUGCAAGGAUACGA